GUUGUCCAAGUAGUUUAUUUCUGCCUGACCCGCACAGUCCUUUAGCAUAUUUGUGCCCAGCCUUGGAGGCUUUGUCAGGAUGCCUAACAGUGGAGAGACUCUCACCAAACAGCCACAGGAUGAAAAUGCAGGCAGUGUUUCAGGAAGCCAUGAAAAUGGAAGCUUUCCAGAUGCCCAGAGUGUCUGCAGAGAUUCACUGCCCCAUUUGGAGGAGACCCAGGGUGAAGGCACAGAGCCAGCAGAGUCCCUGUGGACUUCCCUUGCUGAUGGCAGAGUCAGACUGAGAAUAGAUAACUCAUGUCCACAGACUCCCAUAACAGUUCAUCAGAUGUUCAAGGAGAGCCUGGAAAAAUACGGGUCCCUUAAUGCUUUGGCCAGCAAAAAGAAUGGAAAGUGGGAGAAAAUAACUUUUUCAGAGUAUUAUUGCCUCUCCAGGAAAGCAGCCAAGAGCUUCUUGAAGCUCGGUCUUGAACGAUUCCACAGCGUAGCAAUCCUUGGAUUUAAUUCUCCAGAAUGGUUCAUCUCAGCUGUUGGAGCUGUUUUUGCUGGAGGAAUUGUCACAGGAAUAUACAUAACCAGUUCUCCAGAGGCCUGUCACUACAUUGCUCAUGACAGCAAAACCAAUAUCAUGGUUGUGGAAAAUCAGAAACAACUGGACAAGAUAAUGCAGAUCUGGGAUCGCUUACCACACUUGAAAGCUGUUGUGCUAUAUAAGGACUCCCUUCCAGAGACACAUCCAGAUUUAUAUACGAUGGAGGAGUUCCUGGAGCUGGGACAUGACAUAUCUGAUGCUACUCUGGAUGAUAUUAUUAACUCUCAAAAGCCUAAUCAAUGCUGUGUGCUGAUAUACACCUCUGGGACAACUGGGAAGCCCAAAGGAGCCAUGCUGAGCCAUGACAAUAUAACCUGGACAUCAGCACACUGCAGCAGAGCAGCAGGUAUGCAACCUGCAGAGGUCCAGCAGGAGUCUAUAGUCAGUUAUCUCCCUCUCAGCCACGUCGCUGCACAGAUGUAUGACCUGUGGACUGGUAUCAAAUGGGGAGAGCAGGUCUACUUUGCUGAGCCAGAUGCUCUGAAGGGCAGCUUGAUCAACACACUAAAAGAAGUGCAGCCAACAGCUCACAUGGGAGUCCCCCGAGUAUGGGAGAAAAUCAUGGAGAAAUUAAAGGAUGCUUCUGCUCAGUCAGGAUUUGUGAAGAAGAAAAUGCUGUCAUGGGCUAUGUCCCUUAGCUUAGAGAGGAACCUGAAUGGCUCAAGCAGCAGUGACCUAAAGCAGCUCUGGACAAGGCUGGCAGACUACCUCGUGCUUGCAAAAAUCCGCAGUGCUCUGGGGUUUUCCUGCUGUCAGAAGCACUUCUGUGGGGCUGCUCCUCUCACCACAGAAACACUGUAUUUUUUCCUGGGUCUGAACAUCACCCUGUAUGAGGCCUAUGGGAUGAGUGAGACCACAGGCCCACAUUGCCUGUCUGGGCCUUAUAUUUACAGGCAGCACAGCUGUGGUAAACCAGCCCCUGGAUGCAGAGUGAAACUGGUGGACAAGGACACAGAAGGCAACGGGGAAAUCUGCUUCUGGGGAAGGACUGUUUUCAUGGGUUAUUUAAACAUGGAAGACAGAACAAAAGAAGCCUUCGAUGAGGAGGGUUGGCUGCAUUCUGGAGAUUUAGGAAAGCUAGACAAGGAUGGCUUUCUGUAUGUCACUGGAAGAAUUAAAGAUUUGAUUAUUACAGCUGGAGGUGAAAAUGUGCCUCCAAUUCCAAUUGAAGAUGCUGUUAAAAAAGAGCUCCCAAUUGUUAGUAAUGCUAUGGUGAUUGGGGAUAAAAAGAAGUUUUUGUCAAUGUUCCUGACCCUAAAGAGUGAGCUGGACCCAGACACAUCUGAUCCCACUGACAUUCUCACUGAGCAAGCCAGAGACUUCUGCCAGAAGAGUGGCAGUAAAGCCACCAAGGUGUCUGAGAUUGUAGCCACCAGAGACCGGGCGAUCUACGGGGCCAUCCAGGAGGGAAUCAACAGAGUCAACAGGAACGCCACCAACAGGGUCCACUGUAUUCAAAAAUGGAUAGUCCUGCCAAGGGAUUUCUCCAUUUCUGGGGGAGAACUAGGUCCAACAAUGAAGCUGAAACGGCUCACGGUGCUCGAGAAAUACAGGAAUGAAGUAGACUCCUUCUAUGAAGAGUAGGAAGUCUUUCAUCCAAGCAUUAAGAAAGAUCUGUGAGCAAAAGAAAGUAUUUUCUAAUCAAAAGCAUUAAUGGAGAUUUAUGCCUUUUUUGGGUCUGUAGUCUAUUGAACCAAACCACUAAAGCUGCUGUGUCAGUUUAGUUGUUCCUGAUACUCACCUGAUCAUUUGUCCCCUUUUUACAGAAGCAUCUACAGUGUGUCCAUUUUCUAAUACCAUUUUUACUUUAUGACCUAAAUGAUUAAAACAUCCCUCUGUGUUGUAUAAACUGGGUAUAACUAAUUAAUUCCUCUAGACUGAGAAACCAUUCUUUUAUAUAGUGAUUUUCCUAUUUUCCUUUUUCCCUGUUGUUCCACAGGCCAUUGCCCAUAGCUCAGGAUACAUUUUGGUAGUUGGCAGUACUGCUCAAUAAAACUGCCAGACCACUCCAGUGAGAAUUAUUUAAAAAAAAAAUAAAUCAAAAGGGCUGAAUUUCUUUUCUCCUCCUACACAGGAGUUUCUUGUUGUUCACUAACACAUUUCAGAACCUGAAGGCUUCUCCUCCAUUUCUGUAGUGGCCUCUGUGAAAACAGCAGCUCAUUUCUAAGUCCGUGUUGGAAUAAGCAUUACUAUUUCUCCUAAAACCAGAUAAUCAAAGCAGUUGGGGGAAUAGCUCCCCAGGACUGGAAGACAUAAAGCAGUAAAUACAGGAGCUGUCCCCUGGGAGUGCUGUUUAGAACAGACACUUCUCUCAGAUUGUUUACAGCGCUUUUCUUUAAGCAGUGUUUGUUGGCGUGGAUCUGCACGUGCCAACACUCCCAUUGUACUAAUUCUGGAGCUGCAUUUCUUCUUACCCCUAUGAAAAAUAAAUCAUGUUCCGUGGAGGACAUGCUUGGCACAGUUGUGUCAGGGGGGUGCUGUGAGUGACCCUUGGCAGGCAGCUACAGCCACUGUUCCCGAGAGGAAAACGUGAUGUGGAACAGGAGACUGUUUCCAUGGAAGUUCCACUGCCAGUCUCAUCUUGUAGACUUAAGAUUUGCUGCAAGUACCAAUAACCAGCUCAACACACAAGACAAGGCAGCAGCCUAGGAUUAUAAAAACAAAACAAGCAAGAGGACUUUGAAAAGUUUAUUCUUCCCCAUUUUGUGCGCAGUGGUCAUUCAGAGGUUCUUUAACAAUAUGAAUCUGAAGGAAACAAGGAAGCAGCAGCUUGUAAGACACGGAAAGAAACGUUGCCCUAUUCACCAAAAGCAGAGUGCCUGAGGAAUAAAGCUCCUCCAACAUGUUGUUAGACUGUAUAAAAAAGCUGGGAUGCUCACUUUGUAGAGCCACACGAGAAGUCGUUACUCAGAAACGAUUUCACCUUUGAAACAACCAGCCUAAAACAGUCUUAAUAGAUAUUACUCCACUUAGUGACUUUCUAUUAAUAGAAUUAAGCUUUAAGAAGCCUGGUUCUGGCAGUAGGGAUAAUCCUGUGCUAUACUAAUGAGUUUUAAAAUACACAUUUUCUCGUUGGGGGCACUGAUGGAAGAUACCUUUGGACAUACAGGUCAGAAUGACUCGUAUGACCAUCUGCACGUGAUGAAGGAGGGAGGGAAAAGAGUUGCUUUUGCACCUAUUAAGCUCAGAAAGCAAGGAAAAAAAAUAAGUCUUGGAUCCCCUUGAAUAGGGAUGAAAUGUAUUUCUGGAACAUAGGCACCAGAGCCAAACAGCUGAUCUGUCUUAAUCCCUUUAGGACCAGUCCCUUACAUUCACUUUUGGAUAAAAUUACCAGUCAAUACAGUAGAACACACUGAACAGACUAUGCAGAAAGCUACAACACAAAGAGCAUUCCAGCAGAAGUCAUGAAAUAUCUAGGAUAAAUCUGCAAAGUUAAUACUUUCACAAUAUAUGGCAGAGGUAAUUUUAUAUCAUUUACCCUCAUUAGAACUCCGUUGGAAAGGGUAUUUCAGAGAGGGAAAACUUGUAAGAAUUAUUGUGGUGUCUAGAUUUGAGAAAUAACUUUGCUUCAGCAUUAAUUCUCACCCUUUGCUAGUUAAUGGUUGUGGGCUUUUUUAAAGUACACAAAUAGAUUAAAUCUCUAGAAUUUUGUACUUCUUUAUUCAUGCCUUUGGUGGGCAGGGCUGUAUUUCAUCACCAGAGUAUCUAAUGUGGUUUUCUCAUUGCUUUUAACAUGAAAUUGCUAUUUUAAGUUAUUUUAUACCCGUUUCUGUUUCAGAAGGUCAUCUUGUGCUACUGUUAGGCUGAAAACCUUUUCAACUUCAGCAAGACCAAUAAAGCAGGUUUUAACCAUUAA